AGUCUGAAAGUGAUGAUGAGGAAACUAUAAUAGAUUAUUUUGCUUCUGAUAUUGAAAAUGGAAAUGAAAAAGAAUUCGAACAUAUUAAUAAUCUUGACAAUAGCUUUGAUCUUGAUCAGGAUCAGUUUAAAAACUUUCUUAAGUCACUCUAUUUAGCCAAAAAGUUAAUGGGUUUAGGUCUACACAUAAAUAAUUAUGCAACUUGUUCAGCAUGUAAUAAGUUGUAUGAAUCUAGUAAG